AUGAAACGACUGCUACAAGGUCUUACAAUUCAAGAGGAUCUUGAAAUGAUUCUCAGUAACCCAGCUGGUGCACUAGUCUACGAUGAUGGUGGUAACAUUCAAGUCGCAGAAAGUGAAGGAGGCGUAGAUCGUAUCUACGAAGCCGGAAAGGCACUUCAACAAGCGACAGAGCACUCAGAAAAGGCUGGAGGUGUGCAUCUUCGUGCUGUCAGUGAAAGAGUCGAGCAGUGCACUUGUCCUCGAUUUUAUUGA